GUAAUAGCUUGCACAGGGCGACGCCCCCCCAUCUUGGUCUUCAUCCUCUCGUAUAUCUAUUUAUACUGCGUUUUUUUCCAGUUUUGUGCAGUCACAAUGCAGGGAACGUUUGUGUACUACAUCAAGAAGGCUGUGGAAUAAUAUCUCUGCCGCUGGUUUUAUAUUCUUUGAUUUAUAGCGUUUGUUUACGAGUGUUUGUUUGGAAUACAUUUUUACGAAAGUUGUAAGUAGACUUGUUAUUAUAUUUUGCAGCAUGCCGCGUUCUAGUAAGGUGUUUAAAAAGGUUAGAAAGUGUCAAGCUUCUCGAUGUAGUAAAGACAACUUGAAAACCAGCCCCAUAAUAACAAAUGGAAACGAUACUUCAACCAAGAAAGCGAGUGCUUCGAGAAGGAAAAUUGACAGCUGUCAAUCACUUGAUGAUUGUGGCUCAGACACUCAAGCUACUAGUGGUUUUAGGCUUAUUGAUUUGAAAAUACUAUCUGAUAUUAUAUCAUCUGCUUGUGUAUGUGCUGACUGUGGUGCAAAAAGUUUGAGAUUAUAUGACGAAGAAAACAGAAUUGGAAUAGUGUGUAUGUUGCAUCUUACUUGUGAAAGCUGUCAUUCAGACACUGCUUUUAGAACUUCGGCAUCAAGUAACCGGAUAUAUGAAGCAAAUAUGCGUUUAAUAUAUGGCAUGAGAUGUUUGGGCAUAGGCAGGGAAGGUACCAGACUGUUUUGUGGGAUCAUGAACAUGCCACAACCAAGUGCUAGGUACACCACUGGAAAUAAAACACUGCUAAGUGCUCUUCAAGAGGAAGUGGAAGAAAACUUGAAGUCCUCUGCAAAGGAAGCUGUGAAGAUGAAUAGUGAACUAAAGACAGAAGCAGAUAACACGCCAGACACCGAUUUGUGUGUGUCAUGUGAUGGAACGUGGAUGAAGCGUGGACAUACAUCACUGUAUGGAGUAUCAUCUGUCAUUAGUGUUGAUACUGGAAAAAUUCUUGACGUUCAGGUAAUGAGCAAAUAUUGCUAUAGCUGUGUACUCGGAAAGAGAGCUGGUGAAGUGGAAGAAAAUAAGUGGCAGGUUGAACACAAGAAAGUGUGCUGUAGAAAUUAUUCUGGUUCUAGUGGUGGAAUGGAACCUGCAGCUAUGAAACUUAUGUUCCAUCGAAGUGUGGAAAAGUACGGUGUUAGAUACACAAAAUACCUUGGUGAUGGUGACUCCAGCUCCUUCAAAACUGUUUUGGAAAGUGAACCUUAUGGUCCCCAUUGUGCUAUAGAAAAGUUGGAAUGUGUUGGACAUGUGCAAAAACGAAUGGGAGGCAGACUUUUAAAAUUGAAACGUGAAUUGAAGGGCAGGAAACUUGAGGAUGGAAAACUUUUAGGUGGUCCCAACAGACUCACAGACAAAGAAAUUCAUUCUUUACAAGUGUACUAUGGCAAGGCAAUAAGGGACAACAGUGGAAAUUUGAAUAACAUGCAGAAGGCUGUGUGGUCUAUUUAUUUUCAUAAACUAUCCACAGAUGACAAACCUGUACAUAAUUUGUGUGACAUAUCGUGGUGCAAAUUCAAGCAGGCUGAGCGUGAUGGCAUGAACUAUUCACACAAGCACAGUUUACCUGUGGCUGUUUUAAGUGCUAUAAAACCAACAUUUAGGUGUUUAGCAGAGCCAGACCUCCUACGAAAGUGUGUGCAUGGAAAGACACAAAACCCUAAUGAAAGUUACAACUCACUGAUUUGGAAACGUUGCCCAAAAACAACAUUUGUUUCAACAAUUAUUGUUGAAAUUGCUGCAUAUGAUGCUUGUUUAGUUUUUAACAAUGGUAAUCUUGGAAGAAUAAAAACUCUACAGAGGCUAGGAUUUCAUCCAGGAGCUUUCACCUAUUCAAUAUUGAAGGACAUCGAUGACAAAAGAGUUGCUGCGGCUGAUAUUACAGCCAAUAAAAUUGAACAGCAGGUUAACCAAAGAAGACAAGCAAAGAAGAGACUGCUUGCAGAUGAAGAGGAGUAUGCAUAUGGCUUGCACUAGUUCACACAGAGACGGGAAAUUGGGAGACCCGUAAAAACUGAACAAAAGAAGAUAUAAAAAUUCUGCUCCACAGA